GUGUCCACAGUGAACAAGCACAAGCCGUGGAUUGAGACUUCGUACCAUGGGGUGAUCACGGAGAACACGGAGGUGGUGCUGCUGGACCCUCCACUGGUCGCUCUGGACAAAGACGCCCCGGUCCCAUACGCAGGGGAGAUCUGUGCUUUCACCAUCCACGGAGCAGAGGCCCCGUUCGAGGCAGUGGUCCUGAACGGUACGUCCGGAGAGGGUCAGCUGAGAGCGCGCGGGCUGGUGGACUGUGAGCAGCAGAAAGAAUACACCUUCAUCAUACAAGCUCACGACUGCGGAUCAGGACCAGGGGGCACAGAGGCCAAGAAGUCUCACAAAGCGGUGGUGCACAUCCAGGUGAAUGACGUGAAUGAGUUUGCGCCUGUGUUCCGGGAGCCUCAGUACCACGCUGCAGUCACAGAGGGAAAGAUCUACGAUAGCAUUCUGCAGGUGGAGGCCACAGACCAGGACUGCUCUCCUCAGUACAGCCAGAUCUGCAACUACCAGAUCAGCACCAGCAACACGCCGUUCGCCAUCGACCGCAACGGUAACAUCCGAAACACAGAGAAGCUGAGUUACGACCGGCAGCAGCAGUACGAGAUCCAGGUGACGGCGUGGGACUGCGGCCAGAAGAGGGCGCUGCACACUGUCCCGGUCCACAUAGACGUCAAGCCUGUGUGUAAACCAGGGUGGCAAGGAUGGAGUAAGAGGGUGGACUAUGAACCAGGGACAGGCAGUAAACAACUGUUUCCCAAGAUGCACCUGGAGACGUGUGGGGGGCCCCUGUCCUCCGUGAGGACCACCGUGGAGCUCCAGACAAGCCACAUCGGCAAAGGCUGUGACCGGGAGACCUACUCUGAGAAGUCCCUCCAGAAACUCUGUGGUGCCUCCUCUGGCAGCACAGACCUCCUCCCGGCCCCCAGUGGCGCUACCAACUGGACGUUUUCAUUAGUGACGGACAGCGGCAGAGACAGCGACCUCAUCUUCAGGUUCGACGGGCGGCAGGCGGCCAAGAUCCCGGACUGGGUGGUCCCUCAGAACCUGACGGACCAGUUCACCAUAGCGACCUGGAUGAAGCACGGCCCCAGCCCCGGACUCAGGGCCGAGAAGGAGACGCUGCUCUGUAACUCGGAUAAGACCGAAAUGAACCGUCACCACUACAGUCUGUACGUCCAUAACUGUCGCCUGGUGUUUCUGCUGAGGAGAGACUUCAGCCGAGCAGACUCCUUCAGGCCAGCAGAGUUCCACUGGAAACUCGAACAGAUCUGUGAUAAAGAGUGGCAUUACUACGUGCUGAAUGUGGAGUUUCCGGUGGUGACCCUGUACGUGGACGGAGUGUCCUAUGAGCCGUACCUGGUCACAGACGACUGGCCCAUCCACCCGUCCCAGAUCGACAUGCAGCUCACUGUGGGCGCCUGCUGGCAAGGUGGGGAGGUGACGAGGCCCCGCUUCACUCAGUACUUCAGAGGCAGCCUGUCCGGUCUCACCAUCCGCCCCGGCAGGAUUGAGACUCAGAAGGUGAUCUCCUGUCUGCAGGCCUGUAAGGAGGGCCUGGACAUCUACAGCCUGGAGAGCCUGGAUAAGAGCAUCAAGUUCCACUUUAACCCCGCGCAGUCGAUCGUGGUGAUGGAGGGGGAGGACCUGGACCACAUGAACACAGCUCUGAGAAAAGUCUCCUACAUCAACUCCAGACAGUUCCCCACAGCAGGCAUCAGACGACUGCACAUCUCCACCUCUGUACAGUGCUUUGGAGAGGACACUUGCAUCUCGAUCCCGGACAUCGAUGCCGUGGUGAUGGUCCUGCAGCCCAGUGAACCUCGGAUCACCAUCACAGGAGUGGAAAGGCUGAGCUGGCCUGCCUCUGACCUCCGGGCACCAGGGGGCAUCGCGCUUUUCCAGGACCUACACAUCAUCAGCACCGUGAAGAAGACAGACACCCCCACGCAGCACCACACAGUGCGUCGCCCCGGGGUGCUGGAGGAGAUCAUCCAUAACCUGGACUACUGCGACGUGCUAGUUUUGGGGGAGGAGCUGAGGGCGGACCAAGAGUCUCUACAACUGCAGAGGAGCGCUCUGAUCGGGAAGCACCUGGACGCUACAAACUCCACCUCUGGGAUGUCCAUAUACGGUGUAGACUCCAUGGCGAACUACGAGCAGGUGAUCCGGGAGGUGCGCUACUUUAACUUCCAGCCGUCACACGUCACAGAGAGACGCUUCAGACUCACAUGCUCCGAACUCAACGGACGCUACACCAGCAAUGAGUUCACCCUAGAGGUGAGCGUACUGCACAGCUCUCAGAACGGUCAGACUGGAGCAGAGCACGUGAGUCAUGUGGUGGCCCCUCCUCAGUACAUGCAGCUCGUCCAUCACCCCAGUAUCACCAAUGACAUGUACCCAGGCCACAGCUCCGGUGUCCCGAGUGCAGCCACUGUGGUGAUCGUGAUGUACGCCGCCCUGGUGGUGGUUGUGGUCAUUGGCAUCUACCGCAUCCACAUAACGCACCAGCAGGACGUCCGGCUGAGUGAGAACAGCAAAGACUCCGACAUAACGUGGGACAGUGCGGCUCUCAACAUCACAGUCAACCCGAUGGAGAACCUGGCAGGGCCACAAGAGGCAGCAGAGGACGUCACAGAGGAGGAAGAGGAGGAAGAAGACGACGAUGAAGAGGAUGAAGAGGAGGACGACGACAUCACCAGCGGCGAAUCAGACGACAGCGAGGAGGAGGCAGACGUCCAGCUGCCCACGGCCCACAACAAAAACAAAAACUGGGACAAAGCCUUUUAA